AGCACCUCUUGUUUGAAGCCUGACUGCCCACCAGAAAGGACUGUGCUUUGAGUGAGUUAAACUUCUUCUGCUGAAGAGAGAUUUGAAGGCUGGGAGACUCAGCUUCCAUCAUGUGGAACGCUUCUGACGUCAACUUCUCCUGCUACCAUGAGUCUGUGCUGGGCUAUCGUUACGUGGCAGUUAGCUGGGGAAUUGUGGUGGCUGUGACGGGCACCAUGGGCAACGUGCUCACCCUGCUGGCCUUGGCCAUCCAGCCCAAGCUCCGUACCCGCUUCAACCUGCUCAUCGCCAACCUCACAGUGGCUGAUCUGCUCUAUUGCACCCUUCUCCAGCCCUUCUCAGUGGACACCUACCUCAACCUGCACUGGCGCACUGGUGCCACCUUCUGCCGCAUCUUUGGGUUCCUCCUUUUUGCAUUCAACUCUGUCUCCAUCCUCACCCUCUGCCUCAUCGCCCUGGGACGCUAUCUCCUCAUUGCCCACCCUAAGCUCUUUCCCCAAGUUUUCAGUGCCAAGGGCAUAGUGCUGGCAUUGGCGAGCACCUGGGUGGUGGCUGUGGCCAGCUUCGCUCCCCUCUGGCCAAUCUAUAUCUUGGUGCCCGUAGUCUGCACCUGCAGCUUUGAUCGCAUCCGAGGCCAGCCCUACACCACCGUCCUCCUGGGCAUCUAUUUUGUGGUUGGGCUCAGCAGUGUCGGCAUCUUCUAUUGCCUCAUCCACCGGCAGGUGAAGCGAGCAGCACAAGCACUGGAUCAGUACAAGCUGCGCCAGGCAAGCACCCGCUCCAGCCAUGUGGCUGGGGCACAGGAGGCCGCUCCUGGUUGCUUCCAGGAGCUGGACAGUGGGCUGGCAUCAGGAGGGCCUAGCGAGGGGAUUUCAUCUGAGCCAGUCAGUGCUGCCACCACCCAGACCCUGGAAGGAGACUCAUCAGAAGUCAGGGACCAGAACAACAGUAAGGCAGCUAAGCAGAUGGCAGAGAAAAACCCUCCAGGAGUGGCUGCCAAGGCCAGGAUGACUAAAGGAGCCCAGAGAGCUCAGGACUCUCCAUCAGAGUUUGGGAAGGUGACCCGGAUGUGUUUUGCUGUGUUCCUCUGCUUCACCCUGAGCUACAUCCCUUUCUUGCUACUCAACAUCCUGGAUGCCAAGGUCCAGGCUCCCCGAGUUCUCCACAUGCUGGCUGCCAACCUCACCUGGCUUAAUGGCUGCAUCAACCCUGUGCUGUACGCAGCCAUGAACCGCCAGUUCCGCCAAGCCUAUGGCUCCCUCCUGAAACGAGGGCCCCGGAGUUUCCGUAGGUUCCAUUAAAACUGUGUCCCCAGUCACCAGAAUCUGGGAUUGUCUCUUCCAGAACUAAGGUGGCCAGCUGUUAUAGAAAUAGGUGAAAGUGAGACCUGUGGGAAUUUUCAUGGACAACCACCCCCCAAACUCCCCAAACCCAGCCUCUCCAACCUUCACUCAACAUUUCAGCCCUAGGCUGCUCAAGAUGUAUUAUUAAUUAUUAAUAAAUGAAUUCUAUCCUCUUCA